CUAAGGGGAGAAGAACGUCCCCUCCAAGCACAAACCUUUUCUAUUUGCAUUCACUCUCUCAAGGGUUCUGGUCAGAAAUUUUACCUCUCUCUUGAAUAUCUGGAUGAUAAUUCUAAGCCCAAAGAGUUGAAAUAUAACAAAAGCAAGGGAGUUUUGAGUUAGACAAGGAGAUGAUGGAAGGUUCACACAAGAAAAAGCCUAAAAAGCCCAACCUUUUGGCUGAGACUGUGUUUUCUUGGUCCCUUGAUAACAUUUUCAAUGAACGUCUCUUCAAGAACAAGGUGGAAAAGAUUCCUGAAUCAUUUCACUCUGUGGAGCAUUACCUCGGGUGUUAUCUGUAUCCUUUAUUGGAAGAAACAAGAGCGCAGGUCCAUGCAAGUAUGGAAACUAUUUACAGAGCACCAUUUGCUAAAGUAGUUGCUUUUGAAAAAGUGAAGCCAUAUGGAACAAAGCUAUAUGAUAUCAAGGUUGAUUAUUGGCGAAACAGGUUAAAUGACCGUGGCAAAGAGCCAUAUGAAACUUUGCCAGGUGAUCUUUUUGUUUUGGCAAAUGCUAAACCUGAAAGUUUUUCAGAUUUACAAAGGGUAGGGAGGUCAUGGGCUUUUGCAUCAGUCACUAAAGUCUCAGAAAAUGAGAACGAGGAUGAAAGUACUUCUCUUUAUUUUAAAAUCAAGGCUUCCAAAGAACUUGAAGUUGUAAAGGGUUCGGCAUCACUGUUUAUGGUUUUUCUAGUGAACUUAAUCCCGAAUGGAAGAAUAUGGAAAGCUUUGCACAUGUCCAAAAACCUGAACAUUAUCAAGGAAGUUCUGUGCACUGAUUCUGUGGCUCAUGAAAAUCUCUGCUCUGAAAAGAAUAAUGACAUCGUGAAUAAGGGGUUAGUUCAGAGUUUAUCAUCUGGUCUGAAUGAAUCCCAAACAGGGACUGUUUUAGCCUGCCUUGAAAUGCUGCAUUGUCGUGAGAAGUCUGCUGUUGAACUAAUUUGGGGUCCUCCUGGUACUGGAAAAACUAAAACAAUUGCGACUCUACUUGUAACCUUGUUACAGAUGAAUUGUAGGACUCUUGUUUGUGCCCCAACAAAUGUUGCAAUAACUGAAGUUGCUUCUCGUGUUGUAAAGAUGUUGACUGAAGUACAGUCCAGUUCUUUGUUUUGUUCUUUCGGAGAAGUUCUUCUAUUUGGGAAUAAGGAGCGACUCAGAGUUGGCUCAGAUAUUGAAGAGAUAUAUCUAGAUUACCGUCUCAAAAGGCUUGCCGAGUGCUUAGGACCACAGACUGGCUGGAGGCAUUGCUUUGCUUCCAUGAUAGAUUUUCUUGAAGAUUGUGUUUCUCACUACCAUAACUUUUUGGUAAAUGAGUUAACCAUAGAGAAGGAACCAAAGACCUUAGGUCAAAUGAAAGGAAAAGAAAGCAAGUGUGACACUCAAGUUGGCGAGGAGAAGUGCAAAUCAUUUCUGGAAUUUAUUAGAGACAGAUUUGUUUCUAAUGCAUCACCUCUAAGAAAUUGUAUUGCUAUCUUAUGUACCCACAUGGCGAAAAAUUACAUUUGUGGAGAUAAUGUCCAAAACAUGAUUAUGCUUAUCAACUUGGUUGAUUCCUUUGAAUCAUUGUUGUUUCAAGAUAAUGUUGCUUCUGAAGCACUUGAAGACAUUUUCUCUUGUUCUGACAUUGACGACAUAUGGGAGACAUAUGCUGAUAACUCAUUUCAUCUAUUCAUGAAUAGAAGAGAAUGCCUUAAAGUCUUGCACACUCUGUUUGACUCCCUUAGUGAACUUCACAUUCCGAAUUUUGUGAAGCAAGAGUCUCUAAUGGAAUUUUGUUUUCAAAAUGCCUCCUUGAUAUUUUGCACUGCAUCCAGCUCAUAUAAGUUGCAUAAAGUGGCAAUGGAGCCGUUGAACGUUGUUGUUAUUGAUGAAGCUGCACAAUUGAAAGAGUCUGAAUCAACAAUCCCCCUUCAACUAUGGGGUGUGAAGCAUGCUGUUCUAGUUGGGGAUGAAUGUCAGUUACCAGCUACAGUGAAGAGCAUUGUAUCUGAUGAAGCAGGUUUUGCAAGAAGUUUGUUCGAGAGGUUAAGCUCAUUUGGUCGCUCGAAACACCUUCUAAAUAUGCAAUACAGGAUGCAUCCAUCAAUAAGUUUCUUCCCAAAUUCUAGAUUCUACAAUAACAUGAUCCUGGAUGCUCCAAAUCUUAAAAGUAGAAGCCAGAAGAAACACUAUCUUAAAGGGUCAAUGUUUGGUCCUUAUUCUUUCAUCAACGUAAUUGGUGGACGAGAAGAGAAGGAUGAGGAUGGACGUAGUCGAAAGAAUAUGGUGGAGGUUGCUAUUGUUUCACAAAUACUGCGGAAUCUCUACAAAAAAUGGGUUGAAUCAAAGCAGAAACUCAGUAUUGGUAUAGUAUCUCCAUAUGCUGCUCAAGUAGUCGCAAUCGAGGACAAACUUGCACAGAAGUAUAACAAUCUUGAUGGCUUUAAAGUGAAGGUAAAGACAGUUGACGGGUUCCAGGGUGGGGAAGAGGACAUCAUUAUAUUGUCCACUGUACGAUCCAAUUAUCAGCGGUCACUUGAGUUUGUUUCAAAACCGCAAAGAAUUAAUGUUGCUCUUACAAGGGCUAGGCACUGUCUAUGGAUUUUGGGGAAUGAAAAAAUUCUAUGUCAUAAUGAGUCUGUUUGGAAGGCCGUGGUCCUUGAUGCCAAAAAUCGCCAUUGCUUUUUUAAUGUGGAUGAAGACAAGGAUCUAGCCAAGGCCAUAUUGGAGGUUAAGAAACAGUACGACCAACUAGAUGAUUUGCUUGAUGCUGACAGUAUACUUUUCAGAAGUGCUAGAUGGAAGGUGCUUUUUAGUGAUAACUUUUUUAAGUCAUUCAAGAAACUGACAUCAGUCCGUUUGAAGAGGUCGGUACUAAAUGUUCUACUGAAACUUGCCAGUGGCUGGAGACCAAAGAAGAAGAGUUCAGAAAUGAUUUGUGGUAGCUCUUCACUGAUCUUGAAGAAAUUUAAGGUUGAAAAUCUGUAUGUUGUUUGUACAACAGACAUUGCAAAGGACUCAAGAUACAUUCAAGUAUUGAAGAUUUGGGACAUAUUGCCCAUAGGGGAUGUCCCAACUUUGGUCAAUCGCCUGGACCGUAUAAUGAACAAAUAUACUGAUGCUUUCAUUAAUCUCUGUAAGGAGAAAUGUCUUGAGGGUGAUUUGGAAAUUCCAAAGAGCUGGCCACCUUCUUUGGAAUUUUUGCGGUUUAAGGAUUUUAGCUUCACUAAAAUCCAGAAUGAUUUUGUUGGUGACACAUGUGAUGGUAGAAGUUACGCUGAGAAUUCACGGGUUAGCGAAAGUUUGUUGCUGAUGAAGUUCUACUCAUUAUCAUCUGGGGUAGUAAACCACUUGCUGUCUGAUUGUGAGGGUAGAGAACUGGAUCUUCCAUUUGAAGUUACGGACCAAGAAAUGGAGAUUAUCCUUCAUCAUAGAAGUUCCUUCAUAGUUGGAAGGUCAGGAACUGGGAAAACCACUGUUUUGACAAUGAAAUUAUUUCAGAAAGAACAGUGGCACCAGUUGGCAGUGCAAGGAUACUAUACUAGUCAAAGCAGCAAGAUUGAAAAGAGUUCAGCAGCUACUGAGGAGAAAGUUCUACACCAGCUUUUCGUUACAGUGAGUCCUAAGCUGUGUUAUGCCAUCAAGCAACAUGUCUUACACUUGAAAAGUUUUGCAUGUGGUGGAAGUCAUUCGACUGAAAGCAGUUUGAUUGAUAUGAUUGAUUUUGAUGAGGAUGAAGCUCAAUUCAACGAUAUCCAAGAUUCAUUUCAUGAAAUUCCUCCCCAUUCUUACCCUCUUUUCAUCACAUUUCAUAAGUUCUUGAUUAUGCUUGAUGGAACACUGAGCAACUCAUACUUUGAAAGAUUCCUUGAUGCAACUGAGCUUACUCAUGGUCAUCUACGGAAUUCAAGAUCAGCUGCCUUGCAGACUUUUAUAAGAACAAAGGAAGUCAGUUAUGAGAGGUUUAGUUCAUUAUACUGGCCGCAUUUUAAUACCGAUUUAACAAAGAGGCUUGAUGCUUCAAGAGUCUUUACAGAGAUUAUUUCCCAUAUAAAAGGUGGCUUGGGAGCUAUAGAAGCAUGUGAUGGUAAACUCAGUCGAGAGGAUUAUGUACAACUGUCAGAGAUCCGAGUUUCCAUUCUAACCAGGCAAGAGAGAGAAGUUAUAUAUGAUAUUUUUCAGAUGUAUGAAAAAAUGAAGAUGGAAAAUGGGGAAUUUGAUCUUACUGAUUUUGUAAUUGAUCUUCACCAUCGACUGAUGCAUGAAAAGUAUGAGGGGGAUCAUAUGGACUUUGUUUAUGUUGAUGAGGUUCAAGAUCUAACAAUGAGUCAAAUUGCCUUGUUUAAACAUAUGUGCCACAAUGUUGAAGAUGGUUUUGUUUUUUCCGGUGACACUGCACAAACAAUUGCAAGGGGUAUUGAUUUCAGGUUUCAAGAAUUACGACAUCUGUUCUACAAGAAGUUUGUGUUGGAGUCAAGAACCAAUAAGCACGAUGAAAGUAAGGAAAAAGGCCAAGUCUCGGAAAUUCUUCACUUGACUCAAAACUUUCGUACCCAUGAUGGAAUCCUCAAGCUAUCACAAAGCAUUAUUGACCUACUAUAUCAUUUCUUUCCCCUUUCCAUUGAUGUCUUAAAACCUGAAAGUAGUUUGAUAUUUGGGGAAGCUCCGGUAUUGCUUGAAUCUGAAGAAAAUGAAAAUGCAAUCGUAAAGAUUUUUGGAAAUACUGGGAAUAUAGUUGGAUUUGGUGCAGAGCAGGUAAUUUUGGUCCGAGAUGAUAGUGCUCGAAAAGAGAUAUCCAAAUUUAUAGGGAAGCAUGCUCUUGUUCUAACAAUUGUGGAGUGCAAGGGCCUUGAGUUUCAGGAUGUCCUCUUAUACAACUUUUUUGGCUCAUCACCUUCAAAAAACCAGUGGAGGGUUAUAUAUGAUUACAUGAAUGAGCUAGAUUUACUCGACCACAGUUUACCCAGGGGCUUUCCUGGUUUCGAUGUAGCCAAACACAAUAUCUUAUGCUCUGAACUGAAGCAACUAUAUGUGGCCGUUACUCGCACGAGGCAGAGAUUGUGGAUUUGUGAAAAUAUGGAAGAGCUGUCCAAACCAAUGUUUGACUACUGGAAGAAGAAAUGUCUUGUGCAAGUUAAGCAACUGGAUGAUUCCCUUGCACAUGAAAUGCAAGUUGCAAGCAGUCCUGAGGAGUGGAAGUCACGUGGCAUUAAGCUAUAUCAUGAACACAACUACGAAAUGGCCACAAUGUGCUUUGAAAGAGCAGGUGACACUUACUGGGAAAGAAGGUCUAAAGCAGCUGGCCUUAAAGCACUUGCUGCCCAUAUACGAACGUCAAAUCCUGAAGAGGCUAAAUCUAUUCUCAGGGAAGCUGCUGAAAUAUUUAACGCUAUAGGCAAGGCAGAUUCUGCUGCCAGAUGUUUUUCUGAUCUGGGGGAGUAUGAAAGAGCUGCUAGAAUAUAUUUGAAAUGUGGGGAGUCUGAACUGAAGAGAGCCGCGGAAUGUUUUUCUCUAGCAGGACGAUAUAAGGAGGCAGCAGAUGUCUAUGCUAAGGGUAAUUUUUUCGCAGAGUGUCUCACUAUUUGUGAAAAGGGAAAACUAUUUGAACUGGGUUUGCAGUACAUCAAUAACUGGAAACAGCAUGCAGAAGAGGACACUGCUAUGACUACUAGAGGAAAAGGAAUAAAUAGAAUGCAGCUUGAAUUUUUAGAGAGCUGUGCACUUCACUAUUAUGAUUUGAAUGAUAACAGAUCCAUGAUUAAGUUUAUUAAAGCUUUUCCUUCUAUAACUUUGGUGCGGGACUUUUUGAAGAGGUUGGAUAGCCUUGAUGAGCUUUUGUUGUUGGAGGAAGAAUUUGGAAAUUAUCUGGAAGCUGCAAACAUCGCACAGCUUAAAGGUGAAAUUCUACUUGAAUCUGAUUUCCUUGGAAAGGCAGGUAAGUUCAAAGAAGCCUCAUUGAAAAUAAUAUUCUACGUACUUGCCAUGUCUCUUUGGUCAUCUGGCAGCAAGGGCUGGCCUCUGAAGAAGUUUCCACAACAGGAGGCCCUCUUGGCAAAAGCGCCAAGAAUGAGACAGACAACUUUCAUGAGUUGGUUUGCACUGAGGUUGAUAUUUUAUUAAAUAGGCAGGAUAACUUGGCUGUGCUGAA